UGUAUUGAAUAAAUCGAAGGCAAUCAGAAAACCUUUCGAAUACAUUCUCUCUCAAUAUCUCUCUCUCUAAACCCUCUUCUUUUGGGCUAGAAUUCGAACUCGAUACUUAUUUAAGCGGAACAAGCAUGCAACCGAAUAUAUUAAACCCAUAAAAGAGGCUAGGAGUAAAAAUCUCACAGUCGCUACGUGGCACUGUCCCAUUGUCUAUUCUGCAGAAAACAUACAAAAGCGCGUCUUCGACCAUUUUCGCGCUCUUCUUCUCCUCUUCCAUCUUCAUCAGCUAUAAUAAGCUGCCCCGAAGUCCGCCAUUGAUUAACCCCUUUGAUCUCUUUCUCUCUAAUAGGGACAUCACCGACACCCGGGAGAUCACCGACAAUGUCGACUGAGUCCGAGGCCCCCAGAUCCAGAUCCGAGUCUGAUUCCCCCGCCGCUGCCAAAGGCCCGUCGGGGCGAGCCCACAAGGUGGCCUUGAUCACCGGUAUCACGGGGCAGGAUGGGUCAUACCUGACGGAGUUCCUCCUCGGGAAGGGCUACGAGGUCGUCGGGCUGAUUCGGCGGUCCUCCAACUUCAACACCCAGCGGAUCAACCACAUCUACAUCGACCCCCACAACGUCCACAAGGCCCGCAUGAAGCUCCAAUACGCUGACCUGACCGACGCCUCCUCCCUCCGCCGCUGGCUCGACACCAUUCAGCCCGACGAGGUCUACAACCUCGCCGCCCAGUCCCAUGUCGCCGUCUCCUUCGAAAUCCCCGACUACACAGCCGAUGUGGUUGCCACUGGCACCCUCCGCCUCCUCGAGGCCGUCCGGUCCCACAUCUCCGCCUCUGGGCGAACCCACAUUAGAUAUUAUCAGGCGGGCUCAUCUGAGAUGUUUGGGUCCACACCUCCCCCGCAGUCUGAGACCAGCCCGUUCCAUCCCCGAUCUCCCUAUGCUGCCUCAAAGUGUGCUGCCCACUGGUACACUGUGAACUAUCGAGAGGCUUACGGACUGUUUGCAUGCAACGGGAUCCUCUUCAACCAUGAGUCACCUCGUCGAGGCGAGAACUUUGUGACCCGGAAGAUAACCCGGGCUGUGGGUCGGAUCAAGAUUGGGCUCCAGAGCAAGCUCUUCCUCGGGAACCUCCAGGCCUCUCGGGACUGGGGAUUCGCCGGGGACUAUGUGGAGGCCAUGUGGUUGAUGCUCCAGCAGGAGAAACCCGACGAUUAUGUGGUGGCAACUGAGGAGUCCCACACCGUGGAGGAGCUCCUCGAGGUGGCCUUUGGAUACGUGGGCCUCAACUGGCGGGACUACGUGGUGAUCGACAAGAGGUACUUCCGGCCUGCUGAGGUGGACAACCUCAAGGGGGACUCAAGCAAGGCCAAGAAGGUCCUGGGAUGGAAGCCCAAAGUCGGGUUCAAGCAGUUGGUGAAGAUGAUGGUGGACGAGGAUAUCGAGAUCGCAAAGAGGGAGAAGGUGCUCGUUGAUGCUGGUUAUAUGGACGCACAGCAGCAGCCCUGAUGGUUCUUUCCGUUCUAAGUUAAGCUUUUGGUUUGUUCGUUCUUUCGGGGGCUGGGCCAGGGUAAGUUUAAUAGGGCAAGUCGGGUGGGCCACAGAAUUUUAUUAUAGUUUCCGUGAGAUGAGUAUAGCUUGCAAGGGAAUAUGAUGGGAUUAUCGGGUAUUGUUUGCUGGUGUUAGUCCUUGGUCUUGUGUUAUCUGUUUUGUUUGACUUCACUGUAAUAAAUUCCAAUUCAUUUAAUUUCCGUCAAUGAGAAUAUAAGAGAUGAUCCCAUCUGUUCCUCACUU